AUGAGCCACGUCCAACCUUCCCCCACGGUCAUCCAAUGGGUCAUUGACACUCGUCCUCUCUGGUCCUCAGCCCUCAAGACCAAAGAUCUUAUCACCAACGCUUCACGCGCUCUUUCACUUCUCACUACUGAGGAGCAAGCCUCUGUUCUGAGAUAUUACCACGUUCGCGACGCCAAGCUCGCUCUCGCUUCAGCCCUUCUUAAGCGCUAUGUUAUAUCUCGCUUCUGCCACGUCCCCUGGUUCCAAGCCAAAACUACCCGAGACUCCCGAAUGAAACCCGUGUUCAUCUUGCCGAGCGGCGAUGAGCCCCUCAUCUUUAACAUCUCGCAUCAAGCUGGCCUCGCAGUCCUGAUAGCUGUGCACCACCCGCCUCAAGGCCUUGCUGUGGGUGUGGAUGUCGUUUGUCCGCCAGAGCGCAGGGAUCGCGAUCUGCAUAGUUUGGCGGAAGAAGGGUGGUCGAGUUUCGUCGAUGUCCAUGCCGAUGUAUUUGGUCCAAGAGAGGUUGCAGCACUGAAGCAUAUGAACCCCGGACCUGCCACUCCCGAGCGAGAUCAUGCAUUGCGCUACUUCUACGCGCUUUGGUGUUUGCGGGAAGCCUAUGUCAAGAUGACCGGGGAUGCUCUUCUCGCGAGUUGGCUGAAGGAUCUCGAGAUGCGAGACUUCGCUCCACCUGAAGACAUGCGAAAAGCUCAGGAGGUUUGGCUCAAAGAAAGAAAAGUCGACGGUGUAGAUAUAACGUUGAUGUCAUUUUUAGAGGAUUACAUGAUCUCAACUGCCCUGAGGCAUGGCCUGCAUGGGGAGACUGUCGAAUUGAAAGACUUCCAAAGUCUUGACAUAGAGGAACUGUUGUCGUUUGGAGAGAAAUCGUUGAGUCCCCAAGUAACGUAA